CUUCAAAAGAGAAAGUGAAGAGAGGAAUGGAACUUACUUUAGGGGAAGCACUUGAAGAAAGGUCGAGGAUGGAGAAAGUUCAUAAGAUAAAUAAUAAUCUCCAAGUAAUUUUAACAGGUGUGGGUAAACUUAUUACAGCAGAUAAACCAGAGGGGGAAGAUAUAAGCACUCUAACUACCAAAUAUAAUGUUAAGGAUUUUGACAAAAAUAAUAAUGUUUUUGUAGAUGAUCCGGAUACCAUUACUGAAAUUUAUAACGGUGUUGGUGGAGCAGGAGCAACCAUUACAGAAAUAUUAGAUCAUGCUAAAAGUUUUUUGAAUAAAGCCCUUACUAUUAAGAUGACACCGGCUAAUUCAACGACUUUUAAAGAAACUGCAUUAAUGCUUUAUAAUGAUAGAAGAUGA